AUGUCUGAACUCUGUGUUUUACUUGAGGUCAACCUCAGAUGGAGCCCUUACUUCUGGUCUUUCCUAACAAUCGUCAACGGCAAGAUCCCGGGUCAUCCUCCCUUCAUUGUCAACGGCCAUGUUGAGGUAGUUGAUGGAGGUCUAUACUUUGAUGGUAUAACAGCCUUCCUCAGCACUCGCCUUGUUCCUACCAACAUCUUGUCAGACCCAGAUAUGGCAAAAGAAGGAUUGGCUUUUGGGAUUAAGCUGAGAUUUGAUGAAACUGCAAAGGAAUAUGACACACCAAGAUAUGUUCUAGAUACUGAAGCAUUAACAAGCGGUGGAAAAACAGGAGUUUCACUUUAUGUUCUCAAUGGAAAGUUGAUUGGAAUGAUUGCAGAGAUUGCCACGUCUAGCAUGAAGUGGAAGGUACAGGAUCAUCUUCACUAUAACUAAACUAGCUAACAUUAUGUUGAUUGGAUAGCUGUUUUAAUUAGUUCUACAUGCAGUAAACUGUUCUCUGUAGAGGAUAUUCUUCCAGUAUCUAAAUUACAACAGAUUACAACAGGAGGAAACCUAAAUUAAACUAACUUUAUUUAUACUAGAUAGUUCUAUCAGUUCUAAACUGUUCUUCCUAGAGCUCCAGUAUGAAUCAUCUCUUAUUGAGUACUUCAUACUUCAGGAGGAAACCUAAACUAACUUUAUUUAUACUAGAUAGCUCUAUCGGUUCUAAAACUAUUCUUCCUGGAGGUCCAGUAAGGAUCAUCUCUUAUUGAUCCAGUGUUACUACAGGAGGAAAUCUAAAGUAAACCUACCUUUUUUAUGCUAGAUAGCUUUAUCAGUUUUAAACUGCUUUUCCUAGAGGUCCAGUAAAGAGUAUCUCUUAUUGAUCCAGUGUUAUAACACAAGGAAACUUAAACUAAACUAACUUUAUUUAUACUGCAUAGCUCUAUCAGUUCUAAACUGUGCUUCUUAGAGGUCCAGUAAGGAUCAUCUCUUAUUGAUCCAGUGUUACUACAGGAAGAAACGUAAACUAAACUAAUUUUAUUGAUGCUGGAGAGCUCUAUCAGUUACAAACUGUUCUUCCUAGAGGUCCAGUAAGAAUCAUCUCUUAUUGAUUGAUCCAGUGUUACUACAGGAGAAACCUAAGCUAAACUAACUUUAUUUAUACUGGACAGCUCUAUCAGACUGAGUUCUAAACUGUUUUUCCUAGUGGUCCAGUAAGGAUCAUCUCUUAUUGAUAGGAAUUAAACCUGAACUGAACUAACUUUUUUAUACUGGGUUGCUCUCUAAGGUUUAAACUGUUUUCCUUCCUUGAUCCAGUGUUACUGCAGGAGGAAAGGUCCUCUCUCCAUUAUUACUGACUUUACAUAUCUCUAAAUCCACAGGCAGAAAUCAACUUAAUCUACGACAAAUGGCUGUACAUUAUCGUGAACUGGAAACCUACCUCUGGCCUCUUCAUUGCUUUAGACGGCUUCCCCAAAUCCUCUGAUCCCAAAGGCAGCCCUGUAACUGGACUACAACCUUCAACAAUAAACCCAAAUUUCUGUCUUGGUAGAAACGUUGGCGGAGCUGGUUUCUAUUUUACCAAAUUUUCCCUUGCUUCUUUGGUUGUUUUCAAGGAAUUUUUAUCAGACUCUCUUUUAUAUCCUGUUUACUCGUAUUAUCAUUCUAACUAG